GCCUGAUGGAGCUGUAUUUCGUGUGCGUGGACUCUGCCCUCGGGACCCCGGUCCAGGAAGAGAUGUGUGACCUGGCAGCCAGGCCUGGGAGGCGGCAGGAGGUCUGCCAGGCUGCCCCGUGCCCGGCAUGGUGGGAGACCCGAGCCCUGGCCCCGUGCCCGGUGACCUGCGGAGGUGGGCAGGUGCCGCUGGCUGUUCGCUGUGUGCGGAUGGACCGCGGCCGCCUUGUCCCCCUGCCUCAUGCCAAGUGCUGGCCGCUGCCCCGGCCCAGGCCCUUUGAGGACUGCAGCCCCGAGCCCUGCCCUGCCAGGUGGCGGUACAAGCUGGCGGCCUGCAGCGUGAGCUGUGGCGGGGGGGUGGUGCAGAGGAUCCUGUAUUGUGCCCGGGCCCACGGAGAGGACAAGGACGAGGAGAUCCUGCCGGAUACCCAGUGCGAGGGGCUGCCUCGCCCAGAGCAGCAGGAGGCCUGCAGCCCGGAGCCCUGCCCGCCCAGGUGGAAAGUCACAUCCCUUGGCCUGUGUUCGGCCAGCUGUGGUCUUGGCACUGCCACACGCUCGGUAGCCUGUGUGCAGCUGGACCAAGGCCGGGACACGGAGGUGGAUGGGGCAGCUUGUGCGGGUCUGGUGCGGCCACAGGCCAGCAUCCCCUGCGUUGUUGCCGACUGCGCCUUCCGGUGGCAUGUCGGCGCCUGGAUGCAGUGCUCUGUCUCCUGUGGGGAUGGCAUCCAGCGCCGGCACGACGCCUGCCUCGGACCCCAGGCCCAGGUGCCUGUGCCAGCCGUCUUCUGCCAGCACUUGCCCAAGCCAGUGACCGUGCAGGGCUGCUGGGCCGGGCCCUGUGCAGGCCAAAGGACGCCCAGCCCCGCAUCUCUCGAGGAAGCCACUGCUCCCAGCCAGACCACAGCUGCCACUGCUGGUGCUUCCCCGGCGUGGCCCCAGCGUGGGGACCGCCUCCUCUCCCUGCAUCCCCAGGAGGGCCCAGCGGAGUCCAGUUAUGCUUCUCCCUCCUUUCUGUCCGGGCGGGUGACUGGCUUUGAGGGGGGGUGGGCCGAGGCACCGAUCCCUGGGAUAUCUGGGAUGUGCUCCUCCCGGGGGUCUGCUGAGAGUGGCUGCGGCUCUCGGGAUGCUGGGAUGCGUGGGGCUGGGCUCGGGGCAGGCCCUCUUCCCCAUGGGGAAACUGCCUGCUCACUUUGAUUUCAUCAUGGGAAGGUAGCUUGAAGGUUUCACAGAGUCGGAAUCCUGGCCUCUGUGACCCACUGUCCACACCGCCUCCCUCUUGCUGGAGCAUCAGGGGCGGCUCUGUGCCUUAGGUGCCUGUGGCCAGCAGUACCUUGAACCGACAGGAACCAUUGACAUGCGAGGCCCAGAACAGGCUGACUGUGCAGUAGUCAUUGGGCGGCCCCUGGGGGAGGUGGUGACUCUGCGAGUCCUUGAGAGCUCCCUCAACUGCAGCGCUGGGGAGAUGCUGCUGCUUUGGGGCAGGCUCACAUGGAGGAAGAAGUGCGAGAGACUGUCUGGCAUGACUUUCAGCACCAAAGCCAACACGCUGAUGAGUGUGACAUGCAGCUCUUUGGACCCAGGGGUGAAAUCGUGAGCCCAUCAACGAGCCCAGAUGGAAGGCAUGUGGGGGGCUGCCGCAUCUUCAUUAGCGUGGCUCCCCGGGCCCGCAUCGCCAUCCACGCCCUGGUCACAGACGCGGCCACCGGAACCGAUGGCACCGAUGCCAGCUACGUCUUGAUCCGGGACAUCCACAGCCUGAGGACAACGGCAUUUCAUGGGCAGCAGACGCUCUACUGGGAGUCAGAGGGCAGCCAGGCAGAGAUGGAGUUUAGUCAGGGCUUCCUGGACGCCCACACCAGCCUGCGGGGCCAGUACUGGACCCUCCAGAAAGGAGUUCAUUAGCCCAGCAGUGCCCUGCCUUAGCGCCCUCCAAAAGCCCAUCCCACAGUUGACCAGUGGGCACAGUCCUGGAAGGAAGGGGAGGAACCCGACAUCUGUGAUCAUCCCCUGUUAGGUGCCUGGCCAGCCCUGGAGGGGUAACUCUGGUGUCUGAGCCCUUUCCAAUUCGAAUUCCCUCCAAUCUUAAGUAUUUCCUUUAUGGCCUCCUCCAACGCGCAAAAUGCUGCGGGGUGGGAGGGGGGACUCCAGAAAGGCAGCCCCCAGGCCCUCGGUACCAAUAAACAGAAGGUGCGGUCUGAGUGGCGUUUUCCUUACUUAACCUGUCCAAAUGUGGCUAGAAAACCCACCCCACGGCAGGCCGGGGAUUCCCUGGCCACGGCUGGGCUCCAGACCUAGCCCACAUCUGAGCAAACCCCUGGCCGCCCCUAGCGAUCGCCUUCCUACCCAGCGAGGGGAGGCGAGGUUGUCGGAGUCACAACCGGGCCCUGAGGCUGGCGCACCUGUUAAUUCUCGGCGGGGUCCCGCCCCUACGCUAGUCGGGGUGGGAGUAUUUGACGGCCCCGGAGUCUCGCGGCGCCAGGACCCGCCCCCUAUGCUAAUAAGCACGAGCCCCUCGGGCGCACGCUGUCCGAGGCCCUGUGGGCCCCGCCCCCAAGCUGAGAACUGGGGCUCCUUCGGGCACACCUAGCCGCGGCCCCACCUCUAUGCUAAUGAGCCCGAGCCUCGGGGCGAACUUCGCCCGACCCCCGAGAGCCCCGCCCCCUAUGCUAAUAAGAGGCCGCCUCUCCCACAAGGCAGCGCGCCGGGACGACGCGGCCGGCUCCGGAGCCCUUUGUGAGGGCGGCGGGCAUCGCCGGACGGCGGCACCAUGAGCGGCUCAAGCGGAGCGGCGGUAGCGUCCGUGAACUCGGCGCCGCCCGCACAGGAGGAGGGCAUGACAUGGUGGUACCGCUGGCUGUGUCGCCUGUCGGGGGUGUUAGGGGCUGUCUCUUGUGCCAUCUCCGGCCUCUUCAACUGCAUCACCAUCCACCCUCUGAACAUCGCGGCCGGUGUGUGGAUGAUCAUGAACGCGUUCAUCCUGCUGCUCUGCGAGGCGCCCUUCUGCUGCCAGUUCGUUGAGUUCGCAAACACGGUGGCGGAGAAGGUGGACCGGCUGCGCUCCUGGCAGAAGGCCGUCUUCUACUGCGGGAUGGCCGUGGUUCCCGUCGUCAUCAGCCUCACCCUGACCACGCUGCUGGGCAACGCCAUCGCCUUCGCCACCGGAGUGCUCUACGGACUCUCUGCUCUGGGCAAAAAGGGCGACGCAAUCUCCUACGCCAGGAUCCAGCAGCAGAAGCAGCAGGCUGACGAGGAGAAGCUCACGGCCACGCUGGAGGGGGAGCUGUGAUGUGGGUAGGGGGCACGACCCUGAGGGACAGCCCGGAAGAGGAGCCUGUGCCUGGCUCGCAGUCCCCCUCACCUGUCCCCACCCCGGAGUCCUCUUCUGUCUGCUUCGCCCCCAGGGUGAGGGCUCUGGGGCGGUGGGGCCGGCAGCCGGGGCCUCGGGUGACCCAGAGCAGAGCCUGCGCGGCCCUGCAGACAGCUCACCUGACCCUGUCUUCCCAGCCGCCUGGGUGGAUGUCAGACGUACAUGCUGGCAGGACCACUGGAGUCCUGCUGAGGGCCAGGAAGGAGCUGCUUCUGGUCCUGUCUCGAGGUGGGAGGCCCAGCAGCCCAGGCCUGGGCAUCGGCCACAGGGGCCUCCACUCAGCUCUCAGGCCCGUGGGCAUCCUGGAAGCUGGGCCGCCUCUGUCCUCCCGUCCUCAGGGCCCCCCUGCUGCCCAGGGCCCCUGCCACUGUCCUCCGUGCGAGCCACGGUGCUCCCCACAGGCCCCUCAAGUGCCCACGAUGGCAGCCUUGGCAGUGACGCAACUGCUGGUGGGGGCAUCCCCCCACUUCCCUGGGGCCUUGGACCAGCGCAGAACCAGAGCACUUCCUGUGGGCCCACUGGUCCCCAGCGUCUCCCCGCCCCAGACCUGGUGCUGAGGAAGUGGGCAGGGCAGGGCUGCCCGCAGGGACCUGCCUGUCUUUCAGGAGCCGGGCAGAGCCUGGAGCUGCCCUGCCAUCCCUUCCUCCCGCCUCUGCCCACCAGCCACUCUGGCCAGACUGGACUUCAGAGGGGCCCGGGCAGCCCAGGGCAGAGGUGAGCCCACGUGGAGAUGCUUGGUCUGGGUCUUAGCCGCUGCUCCUCCCAGGACCGCAGGCUGGGCCUGCUCACUUGGCUUCUGGAUGGACUUCGCAUCUCUGGCGUGUGUCAGUGUUGGGGCUGGGAAGGCAGGCGCUGGCCAGGGGACAGCAGCGUCCCCCAGCGGCUCUCCAGGGAGCCCGAGCAGGCUGAGCCCUGGGUGGUGGGGGUGGGGCACGUGCCUUCAGGGGUCCUCCGGGCCCACCUUCCUCAGGCCAGUGCUGUGAUGAAAGGGCUGUGGGCCACAGGCCUCUCCAGGCCGGCGGGGCGUGUGCGUGCGUGUGCGUCUUCUCCUGCGUGUGCUGUGAAUAAGACCUGUCUACCUCGCCGGAGGAGCGAGGGCCCUGCCCGCCCCUCUUGGCUCAUUCUUCCCCAGGAAGUGGCCCUCUGGGGUCGCUCCUGCCCCUGCCUUCGGGGCCUUGCUGGCAGGGGUCUCCUUGCUGCAGAAGGGCUGGCUGUGUUUCUGGGAAGCUGGGCGGGCAGUGGGUGGGCUCUCUACCCCCUUGGUCACUGGCCUGGGUGGGCAGGUCGCUUGCGGAGGUUCCCGGAGCUGUGAUCCUGUCUCCCAGAGGGGGUGGGGGGCCACCAUGCAGGGUGGCGGAGGGUGGGGGGGUACGCCCACCUUUGGGUCUAGGCUCUGUCCUCUUGUGGUCUGUGUUCACUCUCAGCAUCAGCUCGCAUUUUCAGCAAUAAAGCCUGGUGGUGGCUUGCA